GACCCGGCUGGGGAAGCCGCGCGCGGGGGCCAUUUUGGCGGCGCUUCUCCGGCCUGCUCCGUGACCACGUGAGCGCCGCCCGGGGCUCGGCGCGGGGCAGCCCAGCCCGGCGGGCGCACGGGGCCGGGCCCGCGGCCGGCGGACAGAGAGCGCGGCAGCCGCGGGGCGGGCCGGCGGGGGUGGGGAGGCGGCGGCCAGGCUCCGGAGGGGGGGAAGGCUCCCGGCGGCGGCGAGCGAGCAGCGGGAACGGGACGCGGCCCGCCCGCCCCCCACCCCUCCCGGAGCCCCUCGGCGGGAGCGGAGCGGCGGGACCAUGCCGUCGGUCAGCCUGCCGCCCAAGGAGAACGCACUCUUCAAGCGCAUCCUGCGGUGUUAUGAACAUAAGCAGUAUAGAAAUGGGCUGAAGUUUUGUAAGCAGAUCCUUUCUAACCCGAAGUUUGCAGAACAUGGAGAAACCUUGGCGAUGAAAGGACUAACAUUAAACUGUCUAGGGAAGAAAGAGGAAGCUUAUGAGCUGGUGCGCAGAGGCCUAAGGAAUGACUUGAAGAGUCAUGUCUGUUGGCAUGUCUAUGGUCUUCUUCAGAGGUCAGACAAGAAGUAUGAUGAAGCUAUCAAAUGCUAUAGAAAUGCACUGAAAUGGGACAAAGACAAUCUUCAAAUCUUGAGAGAUCUUUCUCUGCUACAGAUUCAAAUGAGGGAUCUUGAAGGUUACAGGGAAACAAGAUAUCAGUUGCUUCAGCUCCGACCUGCACAACGAGCGUCAUGGAUUGGCUAUGCUAUUGCUUACCAUCUGUUGGAAGACUAUGAAAUGGCAGCAAAAAUUUUAGAGGAAUUUAGGAAGACUCAGCAGACAUCACCUGAUAAAGUGGACUACGAGUACAGUGAGCUGCUGCUGUAUCAAAAUCAAGUCCUCCGUGAGGCAGGACUACAUAAAGAAGCGUUGGAGCAUCUUUGUACCUAUGAAAAACAAAUCUGUGAUAAACUGGCUGUUGAAGAAACUAAAGGAGAACUCCUGCUUCAACUUGGCAGACUUGAAGAAGCUGUUGAUGUCUACAAAGGAUUGCAAGAAAGAAAUCCUGAAAACUGGGCCUACUAUAAGGGCCUAGAAAAGGCACUUAAACCAGCUAAUAUGAUGGAGAGGCUAAAGAUUUAUGAAGAGGCCUGGACUAAAUACCCAAAGGGACUAGUUCCAAGAAGAUUACCAUUAAAUUUUUUGUCAGGUGAAAAGUUUAAGGAAUGUCUGGACAAGUUCCUAAGGAUGAAUUUCAGCAAAGGUUGCCCGCCGGUCUUCAACACCUUACGAUCAUUAUAUAAAGACAAGGAAAAGGUGGCGAUCAUUGAAGAGCUGGUGGUAGGUUAUGAAACCUCCCUAAGAAGUUGCCGGUUAUUUAACCCAAAUGAUGACGGUAAAGAAGAACCUCCAACCACUUUACUUUGGGUCCAGUAUUAUUUGGCUCAACAUUAUGAUAAAAUUGGACAGCCAUCGCUGGCUUUAGAAUACAUAAAUGCUGCUAUAGAAAGUACUCCCACUUUGAUAGAGCUCUUCCUUGUGAAAGCAAAAAUCUAUAAGCAUGCUGGAAAUAUUAAAGAAGCUGCAAGGUGGAUGGAUGAGGCUCAGGCUUUGGACACAGCAGACAGAUUUAUCAACUCCAAAUGUGCAAAAUACAUGUUGAAAGCAAACUUUAUUAAAGAAGCAGAAGAAAUGUGUUCUAAAUUUACGAGGGAAGGAACCUCGGCAGUAGAGAACUUGAAUGAAAUGCAGUGCAUGUGGUUUCAGACGGAAUGUGCUCAGGCUUACAAAGCAAUGAAUAAAUUUGGAGAAGCACUUAAGAAAUGCCAUGAAAUUGAGAGACAUUUUGUAGAAAUCACAGAUGACCAGUUUGACUUCCACACUUACUGCAUGAGGAAGAUUACUCUUAGGUCUUAUGUGGACUUGUUAAAACUAGAAGAUGUACUUCGGCAACAUCCAUUCUACUUCAAAGCAGCGCGGAUUGCCAUAGAGAUAUAUUUGAAGCUUCAUGAUAAUCCCUUAACAGAUGAAAAUAAAGAACACGAGGCUGAUACAGCAAAUAUGUCUGAUAAGGAGCUAAAGAAGCUACGAAAUAAGCAGAGAAGAGCACAGAAGAAAGCACAGCUGGAAGAGGAGAAGAAGAAUGCUGAGAAAGAGAAGCAACAGAGGAAUCAGAAAAAGAAGAAAGAUGAUGAUGAUGAAGAAAUUGGAGGCCCGAAAGAAGAACUUAUUCCUGAAAAAUUGGCCAAGGUUGAAGCACCUUUGGAAGAAGCCAUUAAAUUUUUAACCCCCCUGAAGAAUUUAGUGAAGAACAAAAUAGAGACGCAUCUCUUUGCCUUCGAGAUUUAUUUUCGAAAAGAGAAGUUCCUUCUGAUGCUUCAGUCUGUGAAGAGAGCUUUUGCUAUUGAUUCCAGUCAUCCUUGGCUUCACGAGUGUAUGAUUCAUCUCUUCAGCAGUGUAUCUGAAAGUAAGGAUCUGCCUGAUGCAGUUAGAACAGUGUUAAACCAAGAAAUGAAUCGGCUUUUUGGAGCAACUAAUCCAAAGAACUUCAAUGAAGCUUUCCUUAAAAAGAACUAUGACUCGCUACCGCAUAGGUUAUCAGCUGCCAAAAUGAUGUACUAUUUAGAUCCUUCCAGUCAGAAAAGAGCGGUGGAGCUGGCAAUGACCCUGGAUGAAUCCCUCAUUAACAGAAAUCUUCAGACUUGUAUGGAGGUAUUAGAAGCUUUAUGUGACGGUAGCCUUGGAGACUGUAAAGAAGCAUCUGAAACUUACAGAGCAAAUUGUCAUAAGCUUUUCCCUUAUGCUUUGGCUUUCAUGCCCCCUGGUUAUGAAGAGGAUAUGAAGAUCACAGUUAAUGGAGAUAGUUCUGCAGAACCUGAAGAACUGGCCAAUGAAAUAUGAAUAACUGUAUUGGAAAAAAAUGACAUUGGACCAUAUCUGGUGUAUAAUAUUUUUGUCACGCACCUGCUGAAUUGUUCUAACUUACACAGAGAAUGGAAGGGGAAAAAAAACUGUUGCCUUCAAAUAGUUUUACUUUUUUUUUUAUCCUGCUGACAAAGUAUAUAUAUAAAAUAUCUAACAUAUUACUGGAUAUAGGUUGUUUGGUUUCUUAAAAAUUAAAAGCUGCUAAAAUUGAAGAAAAAAAAGCCCUUGUCCUUACCUACCUACCCAUGUUUUUAAACUAAUUUAUAUAAAAUCUGGAGGCGCGGAGCCUUCAGAGCAGGUGUGUGGCAGAAAUAUUACUUUAAAUUUGUCUUGUGAGAUUACUGUUAUCUCAGACAGCAAAAAUGCUGUUUUAGCACUGGAUUCUUUCACUGAGCACAAAGAGUUGUUGGGGCUUUAGCAUCUGACUGAUUUUGAUACGGGGAUGAUUCAGUCCAUAGGAAGUAUGCAAUGUGAAAUCAGAAUAUACAGAGAAACCUGCAACGUACACGUUGCGUUGCGGAUGCUGGGACAUACGGAUAGCAAGCAGAAUUAAGAAACAUAGUGUGUUCAAUAAGCUUGUUGCGUCUCUGAAAUUCACUGUACACGAUCAGUUUGGUGUUCUUGCACCACAGUUUUUUAACCGAAGGAACCAGUUGAAACGAUAUCUCUGAAUUAAACACAGAAGGCAGGGUGGGGAGAAUAAAUAACGUUGCUGGUUUUGAGAUGAACCCGUCUGAAUAGGUUGGCCAAACUUUUUAAAACUGUAAUGCAAGAACCAAAUAAAAUUAUGCACUGUGAUGUGGCACCAACUAAUUAGGAAAGAUAGCAUGCAUUUUUCACGUAGAGUGAAACCAAAAUGAGAACAUACUAUGGCUUGAAGUUGCAAAGAGGAGAACUCCUGACUACCGUUCUGACUGAUCAAGAGACUAAUAGUUUAAAACCUCAGCAGGCCUUGUUCACGUUAUGCAGAAUAAAAAAAAGUGCUGCAGUUUAGAUACCUCUGGAACUUUUCCACAGUGUCACAGGUUUGUAAUACUUGAAGCCCUACAUUUCUAAGAAUAUAUUUCUUGCUCAGUUGUUUCAGGCAAGCCCAAGACUUUGUAACUUUUAAGGGGCCCAAGAUUUUUUUUCAAUAACAGACCAGCUUCUUAUUCCUGCAGUUACGGAUGUAAUUUCCUUUGUCAAACAUAAGGUACCAAAUAUGAUGCAAUAAAACGUUUUGAAAAACAA